UUGAUUUCUUAUGUGAUUGUUUGUGCUGCCAAAGCUGCCAGUGUGAGUAUGAUAGCACAAUCGGCACCGUACCGUGAAGACGCACCGCUGAUUGCUUCGGUUCCCAAGGACGCACAGCAGCCGGGCAGCCGGGCCUAUCAAAUCAAUCCUUCCCCAUCAUCGCUCGACCGGAUCCAGCGGAUCUACGGCAGGAUGAUGGAUCGAAUACCGUCGCUAUCGAUACCGGGCUUAUCGCUGUCCCACUCACUGUCCAUACCGACCUCGCAGGCCCUCUCGAAUCAAUCAUCGCACGCACUCAAUUCGCUCGGACUACACACGCAAAAUUUGCAUGCCUCGUCCGUGAACGCACUGCACAACUCGCAGACGACCAACCUGCACCAGAACGUUGGCGGACUGCUGAACGGUGCGGCCGGCAAUGGCCUGCUCGGUCAGGCGAUGUUGAAGAAGCCGGCUGAGGAGCACAUUAAGCGGCCGAUGAACGCGUUCAUGGUGUGGUCGCGGUUACAGCGAAGGAAAAUUGCUCAGGACAACCCGAAAAUGCACAACUCGGAAAUCUCCAAGCGACUCGGUGCCGAAUGGAAGCUACUAACCGAAGACGAAAAGCGACCCUUCAUCGACGAAGCAAAGCGUCUGCGGGCGAUGCACAUGAAGGAACAUCCAGACUACAAAUAUCGUCCACGCCGGAAGCCAAAACCGAUCCGACGCGACGGAUACCCGUACCCGAUGACGUACCCGUCGGUGCCCGUGGAUGCAUUACGCGCCGGCAUUACGCCAAGCUACUUUGCACCGGGCGCUCCCUACCAUUUAGGAAGCCAUUUGUCACAAGCCAGUCCACCCACGACACAGUCAUCGAUCGCAUCCCAGAUGGACGUCUCGAAGUUUGCUCUCGAUCGCAGCGCAUACCUCAACACCGCCGCUGCCGGAGCGCUCUACGACACGACCAAAUCCCAAACCAACCCGUACAGCGCCUAUCUCGACCCCACGUCCGUCCUGACGAAGGCCUACUUCGACUCGAAGAUGUACCAGGAUCGGGCCCAGGCCGCAGCCAACUAUGCGUUUGACAUUUCCAAGAUCUAUGGAUCCACCGCACAGCAGCAGCUCAGUAGCAGUGGCAGCAGCAGUAGCAGUAGCCAGCAGCAACACCAACAACAUCAACACCAUCAGCAGCAGCAACAGCAGCACCAACAGCAGCAGCAGCAGCAGCAGCAACAUCAGCAGCAUCAGCAGUCAUCGCAUCUACACCAUCCGCUGCAUCAUCAGCAUCAACUGCAGAACGGUGCCGGAGGUGGCGGAGGCAGCGGUAGCGUAAUUGACGAGCGAGAAUCAACGCCCCAGCUGAGUGACGUUACGCCCGACAUUAAGCCUCAGAUCGUGGAACCGCUCGAAGGUUCACCGCUACACAGUCACAGCUAUGGCGCUAGUCUGCUUGGCGGUGGUGCCGGUCCGGGUGGUGUGGCGGCCAGUGGGCUUUACCAGUAUUCUGCCGCAGCCAUGGCUGCCAGUCAAGCGGCUGCCAAUGGUGGAGGGAGCUCUGGUGCGAGUGGUGGAGGAAGUGGUGUUGGAGGUUCUGCCGGUGAAUACCGGCGACCGUUGACCGUCAUCUUUUGACCCAACUCCGAGCUGAUGGUUGAUCGGGACUACUAAGCGGCGAAUGGGGCGGACCGUCUCAACGAAGUAUACGAAGUCGAU